UAAUAUACCUACUUAACAAGACAUUUGUGAUUUGCUUCUCACCCAUACCCGCUGAUCCAUCGACUCCACUGCCCCGUUGCUUCCCAUCGGCAUCGGCAUCGGCAUCGGCGGUGCUAACACGCAGCAGGACUUUGAACUCAAGUGAUGACUCUGAUGAGUAGUAAGAGGGACUGGGAAAUUGUUCAUAUCCCAGAGAAGCCUCCUAUUCCACCUCACCAACAACCCACUGUUAAUGUCUAUGCUGCCCUGAUUGACCCAAAACACACCAAUACUCUUGUAAGGAAGUUAAAUCAAAUUGCACCACUUGAAAAUCUCCGCCAUGUAAAGCGUGUGCGCAAGCAACAUCUUGAAAAAGGGAAAACUCAAUUAUCAGUGAUCUUAUGCCUUGCAUGUGAAAAUGGAUGUCAACAGGAUAGCAUUCCAAAUGGCGUAUUAGAGCUCAUCAGCUCUUACCAGUUGAGUUUCUUCGUUACAAAAGUUUGCAAAUUUGCUGCAUUAUCAAAAGAAGAGUGGGAAGAACAGUGCAAACUAUGGCCAACUUCGUAUCAUCCACCAACCUACAAUAUAGAUGGCAUUACUGGAUUUAGUGAAGAGGACUCCCAUUCGAUUCACAACUUCAUGAAACUUACAGUUGAUAUGGCGAAAUCUGGUGAUGGCCAGGUAGUUAAUGCCGCUAUUAUUGUGGAUCCUUCAACUAAGCAGGUAAUUGCAAGUGCAUGUGACCAAGUGCGCUCUCAGAAUUCACUAACAAACCAGGCAGGUGUGGAAACAUGCUUCUUUGAACAGCAAGAAGCUUAUACUUGCCACCCCAUUGCCAGUAGCGUUGAAAUACAUAAAAAAUUGCUUUCAAACCCUUCAUCUGCUGAAUCCAGGCAGUUGUACACUGGUGUUGCUUGUUUAUACCCUUGGCAAUGGGCUGAGCAACAACUAGCCUCGUGUUUUAGGCACCCUUUACGACAUGCUGCUAUUGUAGCUAUUGAAUAUUCUGCAGCCAGGGAUAGACACCUUUUCCCUGGUAUUGGACAUACUGGAAGUAACUCUACUCAAAUGGAUCUUGUGCAGUAUUCUUUAAGAGGUUCUCCUGUAAAAAGACAAAAGACCAAUCUCGAAGAUGUUCAGGAUGAUGAAAAACUGGAUUCUCAUAUCAAUGGUUUUCAUUGUGAAUCAGUCAGACCAUAUUUAUGUACAGGUUAUGACGUCUUCCUUGUUUGGGAGCCUUGCACGUUGUGUGCAAUGGCACUAGUCCAUCAAAGAGUUAGGCGUAUAUUCUAUGCCUUCCCAAAUCCAAAUGAGGGUGCACUGGGAAGUGUUCAUAGACUACAAGGUGAAAAAAGCCUAAAUCACCACUAUGCUGUUUUUAGGGUCUUGUUGCCUGCAGAAAUCCUUGAGAAAGAACGUAAAACCAUAGUUGCAACAUGUGAUGAUGACAAAAAUAACACAACUUGAUUCUGCUAGAGGAAAGGUUUUGGUCAUGAUAGAUACACUUUUGUUAUGUAUGUUAUCAGCUAAUGGAAAGUUCAUACUAUGUGACAUUUAUCCACAAUUUUAGCUCCUGACUUUUGUGCUCCAUUAAAGUUCUGGGAAAUUACUCCGCGGUGCUGAAAACCAUCACAAUCAGUAUCAUUGCCCAAUUUUAGUGUUUUUUUUUCCCUCUUCCCCUCCCCUUAAUAUUGUUCUUAAAUUCUAGUUACUCUUUCCUUUAACCCACGUUAAUGUUUUUUGUAGCAUAUAAUGGUCCUUGAUUUUUGGUCGGGUUGGCAAUUCUAUUUUGUUUUUAUUUAUAAAUGUAGAAAAGUUUACAUGCA